GUUUUGGGGCUAAACAUUGAAGCUUUGCUUGUUGAUUUGAUUGAUAAUAGCCUCUCUAUUUUAGCAUCUGCUGUUUGUUUUUGGCCUUAGAUUACUACAAUAACAUAGCGAAAAGAGAAAAAAUCAGCUAUAUAUGUGGAAAAAUAACAGAAGAAAAGAUAAGUUUUUCUUUGAGAAAGAAGCAGGGAAAAGAUUUCCCUGAUUUUAUUGCCUGUGCAAUAAUUAUGCUUAUGUCUGACUAUAUAUAUAUAUGUGUGUGUGUGUGUGUGUGUGUGCUUGGGGGAUAAGCAGUUAUAAGCUACUGCUGAUACUAAAUUCACUAGGACCUAGCCUUCUUGAGCACUGGCUAAUCUCCAAUUUUCAGUACAACGAAAGGCACUUUUUGUGGGGUUUGUUUAUUAGCCAGGUCCGGGCAUAUUGACUUGGUCUUUGCCUGUUGGAGUGAGAUUUAUAUGUUGUUUGUUAAUUUCCAUUGGACAGAUAUGAAGGUCUGGAGGCCUUGAUUCAUCUUUUUGGAUAUCGUUGUCUUUCAUAUAUAUAAGUUUUAUAAUGAGGUUGUGGCUUGUUGUGGGUUGUGUUCUGUAUGAAUAGUGGUUUCGUCUGGUGAGUGCUUGUUUGAUAGUUGAAUGGCUUGAGAAGGGGAGAUUACAGAGGAAAAAAAAAUGGGCAAGAUGAGAGAAAUCCCACAAUUGUGUGGCUUGGUGAGGGUUUCAUAGAUCAGCUGAUGGUUAUCUGAUGAUGUGGUGAAGGCGAAAGGGAGGGGAUAGUCUUUUAUAAAUUAUCCGAGUCAUUUUUGCUGAUCUGUUAAUUGCAUCUUGUAAUUUCAAACAUGUUGUUUAACCGGAAAUCUUCUACAUAUGCAUUACGAACUUCAUGUUUUGUAAUUUUAGGAAAUAAUGCAGUGGACUAUUUCCCCCUUUAUGUUGUGACAAUGAUACGAUGUGAUUGAAGUGAUGUUAAACACGGCACCUUGUAGGUGUUUGAUGGACAAUCAUGUGGACUCCCUGAACAAUGCCUACGAAGAAUUUGUUGCUGCAGCUGCCAAUGUACUUGAAGCUAAGGAAAGUUCUGAGGGUCAAAAAACGGCAGCCACUGAUGCAGCAUUGGAAAAUUUUAAACAGCGAUGGGAAUUGUUUAGAGUAGCUUGUGAUCAAGCAGAGGAGUUUGUGGAGUCUGUGAAACAAAGAAUAGGUUCUGAGUGUCUCGUAGAUGAGGCCACUGGCUCGGUUGCAGGGAAGCCAGGGCAGGCUGCCACAAGUGGUCUUCCACCCAUAAGUGCAGUUCGCCUGGAGCAGAUGAGUAAAGCUGUUAGAUGGCUAGUUAUUGAACUGCAGCAUGGUGGAACUGCUGGUGGUUCUUCACAUUCCCAUUCAUCAGCUCCAUUUGAUGCAAGAUUUUCUGAAGAUGCAGCUCAAUAGUGUUUGCAGGAGACUUGCAAAGAACCAGAACUGAUGGGCACAAGACUUCUCUCCCGAUGGCCUAGGAAACUCGUAAUGCUGGGGGGGGGGUGGAUGGAUGUUGGACUCUUCCCUCGAAGUAAACUGUAAAAGCAGCCUGUAAAUCUCGGGUCUAAAAAGGUGAAACGAUGCAUUUAUUCUCGUUCAACUUCAGUUUCCAUCGGAGUGUUCCACUACCAGAAGGGACCUUAAUCGGAUCAUCAAAAAGAACUACUGAUAGUCGUGGAUCAAAUUAAUGUGAAAUAGCAGGUGCAGAGAAUGUUAAAAGUUUUUGACUUGAGUUUUGCCCAAAUGCGCGAGUUAUUCGACUUGACACCUUAUGCGAGUGAUGUCAACAAAUUUGACAAGUUCCUUUACACGACAGAGCGAGCGGGGGAGCGUACAAGUCACGCUUUCCCAAUUUUCCAUUUGUUUAUGAUACUACACCGUAGCAUAGCCUAUCUAUCUGUCACCAAAAUGUCACAGGUACAAUUAUUUAAUUAAUGACGGGCCUUCAUUUUUAUA